GCUCGAGGGCCACGCCGAGCGUGGCGGGGGCGGGCGUUGGGCCGUCGAGAGCGGGCGCCCGCGCGGCCCGGAAGCACAGCCCAAUGGGGAAGAAGGUCAAGAAGAAGUCCAAGAAGCAGCUGGAGGAUGAGCUCGCAAAAGUAUCCGGUCGACCAGAAGCGCCACGAAGAGAAGGACCGCCUGUUGAAGUUGGAGCAGGACUUCCUGAAUGCCCACCGCGUCCGCCUCGACGAGGAGGACGACGCCAAGAAGCGGGUGCUCGAGGCGGAGAGGCUGGAGGAGGAGCACGGCGUCGUGGUCCGCAUGAAGGGCGAGCGGAAGCAGAACCUGGAGUACGAGCAGUCCAAGCUGGACGACCAGAUAAGCUGGCAGAAGUUCGUGUCGUGCCACACCCGACCGGACGUGGCCUACGAGAGCCAGAUCACCACGUACAUGACCAUGGUGCGCGAGGAGAGGAUCCACAAGGUGGAGGACGCCAUGGCCAAGUGCCAGGAGUCCGAGGAGAUAGUCGGCGACCUGAUGGAACGGUACUGCAGGGCCCGCGAGGACGGCAGGACUGUUCAGCAGGACUUGUGCAUGCACUACAUCCACUCGAUCCGCGACCUGGAGAUCGAGCAGAUAGACGUGGCGACGAUGCACCUGCUGCAGACCAUAGAGCAGCGAGAGCAGACCAAUAACUCCCAGGUGCUGAUGUGGUGGAAAACGGACAGCGAGCACGUCAAAAUGGGUUUCUGGGGCCACUUGCAGAGCAAAGGCUUCCGGGCCAAGCAGAUCGAGUUCCCGAGCGCGGGCGCUCGACCAGUGCACAUCGGGUUGGAUUUGCCCAAGUCGAUAGCCAUGCAGUCGAUGGGUCACAUGGUAGGGCAUUCCAUCGGCGUGAGGGCGCUCUACACAACGUAUGACAGCGUGCAGGGGAAGGACCCCUCGCAGAUGUCAGUCGGCGGCAUGAUCCGCGUCGACCUGCUCUCAAUCCCACCCUUCAGCAAAAAAGUGAAGACCUGGACGAUCAGGCAGAUCCCCCCAGCGGGGCAGGAGCUCAUCAAGCUCCCGUACCCGAACACGGAGCAUACCAUGACCAGCACGGCGAUCACGGUCCAGCCUUGCAAGAUCGAGUAUAAGGUUCCUGGGCACGUUCUGGUGGCACAGAGCCCCACGGUGUCAUGGUGGGACGCCCCGUCGGAGAAAUGGUCCACGGAAGGCAUCACCGAGAUCGUCUGGGAGCCAGACGCUCGCAAGGUCUCGUUCUUCUCGGCGCGCCUCGCCUCUUUCUCCAUCACGCAGGAUCGCCACCUGGACCUGCCGUACAAGUGCUGGAGCAUGAGGCCCGUGGCACCCCUGACCGUGGAGCUGGACGUGCAGGCCGGGCGCUACCACCUCAAGUUCGUCAUCACAGAAGACGGCCUCCGGCUCAAGGGCCCGAACCUCCCCGAGCUGCACGACGUCAUGUACACCGAGGAGGUCGAGGACGUCAGCGAUCGCGACAACAGCACGCGCAGGCCCCGCGUGCGCAGCCCCGCCACGCUGCUGAAGGAGCUCCAGGACUGCGGCCUCAACCUCCUCCCCGAGGAUGGCGACAGCGAGUACCUCGACGGGUACACGCCCAAGCUCCCCGAGACGUCCGCGCGCGCGUUCUCCGACCUGAGCGAGAUCGCCGCGUUCUACGACAUCGCCUCCUCCACGCACAACAAGAGCCUCCCGGCGGAGAGGGCCCUCGUCCGCAUCCGAGAGAACAGCCUGUACGAGCAGUUCGACCCUUUGGACCCGGACUGCGACUCGGACUACACGGGCGUCCUCUUCUUCCCGGACAAGUGCUCGUUCGUGAAAUCGCUCGAGUGCGUUUCGCCGUGCGAGGAGGCGCUGAAGCCCGGGCACCACCAGCGCGACGACACGUCACUCACGGGAGUCUCUACUUGAGCUUCGAGAAGCACCCCGCCCCUGCCGCAAAUCUUGCGGAGAGGCUCCAGCAGCUCGAGGUGACGUGCCUCAACGUGAGGUUCGUGGAGGCGGUGAGGCAGACCAUGCAGCUCAUGCGCCUGCUGUCCUUCGUCUGAGCGGCUGCCAAAAGAUUAUCCCGCAACACCAGAAGUUUCCGCACCUUUCUCCCUCACGACGAAGAAUGACUCGAUGCGGAGAUCCGCAUGUUUGCAUCUCGUGUUUCUGGCACGUCUCGCUGCGAUUAUCUGGCUCCGAGCGUCUGGGGACGAGAGUUCCAGUGGCUAUACAGUCGGGGCGCUGAGGAAGGAACCCUUUUCGUGUCACGCCAACAACAGGCAGCACGGUCAGGAUAGGGGGGAAGCCACGUGACCACACCUCUUCGGGGCGCCGCGCGGGGAUCCGAGCGUUGGGGCUCCUGCGGUUGCUGUUUCCUGUCUCCACGCCCUCCCGCUUCUCCCCCCCUGCGCCGUCGCUCUGCCCUUGCAGAGACGCCCGCUCUGGCGCCCCGAGGGCGUGCCUGUGCGGAAAAGCGCGCGGGCCGGAGCGACGAG